CCACCCCGCCGUUGCGAAGAAGCCGACGGAGGACCACCCGCUUGUCGGGACGCUCAAGCAGCGCUGGGAUGACCUCCCGCGACGGACGCGGUGCCCCCUCGCCCGAACUAUGACGAGGGCGUCGAGACAGAUUUCUCACGGAGGAAGUAUAUGCGCGACCAGGCCGAGUUGGACGCGGCGGAGGUGCUCACGAACCCGGACGUCGUCACGCACCCUGCGGGCACGCAGGCGGAGCCCUCGCUAGCGGGCGCUGUCUCGCAGCUCGGCCCCCAGGCGGCGUCGACCGGCGGGCAGCGCUCGCAGAUCCCGGCGUCCUCGUGGGACACACCCGAGCGCCAGACGGUGCUGACGCGGCGCCAGCGCGAGGAGAACACGCGCGACGACGUCGUGCCGACGUACUACAUCGAGCGGAAGCGCCAGCGGUCGAGCAUCGCGGAGCGCAAGGAGGAGGAGGGCGGCCUGAUGUCGGAGCUGAACGCGGGCAUCCUCUCGGAGGGCCUCGCGGCGGACAUGAGGGUGCGCGAGGAGAAGAUACCGGUGGAGGUGAGGAUCCCGCAUGAGGGCACGGUGCGCCACCCGAGCGGCUUCGAGCCCCCGACUCCCGAGACGGAGUUCCACCCGACGGCGGCGAAGGUCGCGACGGAGGACCACCCUGUAAUUGCGACGAAGAAGAUACAAUGGCACGAUUCGGAGAUCAUUAGAGGCGCGAACGGGAACGGGAAUGGGAACGGCAACGGCAAAGGGAACACGUCUACGUCGAGCAGCGGUGCUCGCGGCCUGCACACGAGUGCAGUCCUUCGCGCCUUGGCUGUGUCGGACUCUACCUUUGGCUUCAUGUCGCCCUCGGUCAUGCGCAGCCCUGCACCCGCGCGGGACGCGUCGCUCCCGCAGCCGCCGAGACAGGCUACUCGUCAGCAAGAUGCCUUCAAGCUCGACGAGGAUGACGAGGUCGACGUCAACGCGGUGGGCAACCCGGCCGCGGCCAACGCUGCCGUCCAGCAGGUGCGGUCGGAGUACCUCCCGACGCUGGCGGAGACGCCCUUCUGGCGGCCGCUCCUGAGCGUGUCCGCAACAUGCGCCUCAACCGCACGCACGAGCUCGUCGUCGACCUCGCGCGCCUGCUCCGUGGUGAGCGCGGUGGCCCGCUGGGCAUCCGGUGGAACGCGGAGUCGGUCGGACGGGGGAUCAAUGGCGAGGGCAUGGCGGAGCCGAUCCCGCUCGAGAAGCGGAUGAUCAAGGUCGGCCUGGGCGAGUGGUACAAGCACGCGGAGGAGUGGAAGGCGAUCUACGCGGACGCGGCGCGUGAGGCGGAGGUAGACGACGCGAUGGAGGUGUUUGGCAUAGACCAGCGCGGGGCGCGGACGGACGGCAAGGAGUGGCCGAAGCAGGCGCGGGACGAGAACGCGCCGGCUGUUGACUUGGAGGAACACAUCGCGCGCAGGCAUCCCGGCGUUGUCCUGAGCAAGAUGGGGCGC